AUGGUCGAAAAUGAGGCCUCGAGGUGUGUUCCGCCCUAGACUUGACUUAACAUUGCAAUUUUGCAUCCGCUGCUGACAACUCAAACUUCAUGCAUUAAGUUAGAUGCAACUUUUUUCUUUCCAUCAGUCAAAUGUUUAAUUUUGUAGCCAUUACGAGGCGGUGGAUCCCUUCGUUCUCUCCAUAUCACUGAAGUACGGUGAUGUACGUUGGCAGCAUUACCCAGUCUCAGCUGCCGAGAAAAAAAAGGUGAUAGUUUUGGGCCAUUUUAAACUGCUUCUUAGAUCGUUCAGGUGCUGUAGAGCUGUUUGGCUAAUAUCUUAUCCUUAUUUUCCUUACGAAUAUUUGUCUAUUCCAUACCCUUGUUGCUAAUAUUUUUCGUCAACCUCUGCUCCAGAUUCCUAAAGGGAUUGUGUCUGACUUCUAGGUAAGUAACCAAUUGAGUUCUUCAUUUUGUUUACCCCCUUUCAGACACCCUUUAAUUCCUCCUCUCCGCUGGGUCAUCAUUGGAAGUUACAGGCUCUGACAUCGGACUCCGACCGCGCGUUCAGUAAGAAGUGGCGGAAAUAUCGCGACCUGCUACUUGCAGCUCUGGUACUGUGCUCUUUCGCCCUUUUCCCCCACCAACCGGUUUUGAGCUUCUAGAGCUUGUAGCAGAACUCAUUGUUUUGAUUCUCAGAUUAUUAUUGCCCCCACAGAGCCAAACAGGCACACAGUUGUAUUUCUCUGAUGUAGACAGGGCGUAUGGAGCCAGUCGUCAGUAGUCUGCAUAUCUGCCGCAUGAGAGAAAUCUGCAUUGCGGGGCGCUGGCAUCGACCGGUGAAGUACCUGACCUUUUCAUGGGAUGCCCGAACCCUUGUCUACCUUAAUUGACAUUGUUCAAGAGUUGCGUCGUUAGCCUGCAGGCUUUCCCACGGACCACUCCUGUUGCUUAAUUCGAAAGUCGCGACAAAAUCCAGGAGACAGACAGCCGCAAUGUAAUGUUAAAAAUGACCAUUCUUGGACCCGCCUCUGGGUCAGUGUCUGGUUGGCACAGCCUCUGCUAGAGCGAAGUUAUUCCCCGGGUCUUUCCCAUCAUUAUGUCACUAGGGGUGUGGAUAUUGUUCAAAAGAAUGUUUUUUUGGGUGCGCGGUGGUGAUUCUGGCCAAUCUGAUGUGCUCACGACAGUCCAAUCUGUCUCCACUUCUGAAGAAGGGGAGUAAAAGCACUACUCCGGUCCUGCGGGCCGUACCCCAAGUACCGCACGCAUUGGCAUAUCUCUUCGAACAUAUUAUACAUGACAUUAGAACGACAAAUAUAAGCCUUAGAUGACAGUCUGUCCGCGGUCUGGGGUCCGUUCUUUCGGUAGCAUCGGUUUACUGCUCGAAUCUUGUCAGAGGGCUGCUUAAAAUCAUCGACCCGAAUGAAUCGCAGCUCCUCCAGCGUUCAUCCAAAAAUAGCGAGUUAAAGAACUCUGAAAAGGGCUCUUUUUGGCGCAGGAAACAGUCCCUCACGGAUAACAUGUAAACUCAUACUCGUUUCAUUGCUGUGGCCGAUCAUAGGGUUGUUUUUCAGCGACCAGUCGAACGAGUAACUGACGUCUUCUUUAAGUCGGCAAUCCUAAUUCGUCCCUGGCUCUUUUUGGAGCCGAAUUAAGCUUAUGCCACAAUGAUUUCCAGCCGUUUUCAUUGUUGAUGAUGACGAUGCUAAAAUGUUAGGAUUGGGAUGCAAUUUUCAGUCAGUAUGCCAGUACGGUUAGUGACCUAACUCAUGAAAUGUGCCGAAAUUUACGAAUGAUUGUCAAUCACUCACAAACCGACACCAUUCAAUGAGUCAAAUGUCUAUGCUAAUUAAGUACAAGUUUAAAAGAUUUAAAAACAUAAAAUAAACAUUAAGGGCAGUGGUGCGUUGUUUAGAAAUUCCGAUUUAUUUUGAAAAGCGCAAUUUCCCGAAAACGUCAGAAAUGGCUCUAAUUAAGUAAAGUGCAUUUUUAGAUGUAUAGAAUGUAUUGCCAUACCAAAAACAUAGUAAAUACGAAAGUAGACCUUUUUUCUGGUAGGUUGAUCACCAUGGUUUACAUCGGACAUAAAAUAAAAUUUCCAGUCCGGCUAAAUCUGUCAAUUAAAACUCGCGGGUAAAUUACUGUCCUUUCAAUGAAAAAGUCGCUCAGAUGCGUAACCGGAGUCUAGGACAUGUAUUAGCAUAGGAAAUCGCACGAAUAUAUUCUAACGUCCAUUUUCGCCCAAAGUUACUGAUAUUUUACUUCAUAUGACAGUUCGACCGUCGAUUUCGACGAUGUCCACCGUGUGCCCCACAGCUGCAGCAGCGAUGGGAGCAGGGACGGUGACUUACGCAGGGGUUUAUAGUGCCGGUAGACUUGCGUAGCAUCUACCUACACUCCCUCCUCCUCCCUCGCCCGAGCCCGGUGUCAAGACAGUGUCAAGAAGACUGGAGACGAGAGAGGCCGCAGGUGGAUGGCUCGGACGUAAACACAAUUCCUGCACAAGAAAAGGACAUUUUAUUGAAGGAAGUGGAUGAGCGAACAAAAUGUUUACCGUUAAAGGCGUCCAGAAAUUCUCCCAUGAGAUUCCAUUGUCAGAUUUCAUGAGAUAGGUCACGCACUGUAUGUGACAGGAUGCACCAGGAGCUGACAGAGGCCGGUCCAAAUGCUUACACCAGCGUGAUUUUUCAGGCCGUACAUGGCAGACACGCACGGUAACUGCUUCAUCUGGCAGGCAGAACAUGCAGCAGGUGGGUCUCAAACAUUUCCAAUGGCUCACAUUUACAGACGCUCACGGUUUAAGUCGAAAAGGCCCUGAACACUGACUAGGAACAACUCGUUCUGACACCUAAUAAAUGGACCGACAUCUCGUUUAGCCACCGCCACCAUUGACAGUUCGGCCGUCGAUUCCGAUGAUGUUCACUGUGUGCUACACAACAAGGUGCAUCAGGCACGACGACUUGCGCGUGAAUUCGUUUAUAGUGACAGUAGACUUGCGCAGCAUCUACCGCACUCUCUCCUCCCUUCUCCCCACCUCGACCCGGUGCGAAGACAAAGUCGAAAAGACCCGAGGCGGGGGAGUGUGCAGGUGGAUGGAACGAUCGAGCCCGCACCUUGGCGUUCCACUCCACACCCUUUGAUCCACACAGCAAAUGACCGGACCUUUGACCAACAGCAACAAUGGCGGGCGGCAGGGGCCCCAGUGUGCGCUUCAUCUGUCGGCAACCGGUUUGCCGCCGCACCCCGAAAUGUUGGCAUUCGUUAUGGUGCACAAAUCCGAUAACGCCUGUCAGAAUCUGAUAUGGCCUCGUGUUGGUCCAGCCCAUCUAACACGUGGCCCGUUUUGGGGGGCACACCACCACCACCACCACCACCACCACCACCACCACCACCACCACCACCACCACCACCACCACCACCACCACCACCACCAUCAUCAUCAUCAUCCGCACUAGAGUCUGCGGAGAAAAGAGGGAGAGUGAUCCGAUGCAAGAUUUUCCUACCCAGUUAGGAUUGACGUUGCCGGAGAAAGCUGCUGAAGUGUGACCGCCUAUGCUAUUCUGCCUACAUGUUGCCCUUUGUCUUAGACCUGGAGGUUCUAAGAGCUACUCAGUCCGUGUUGACUCUAAUGACGUGCUAUUGAAUUAUUAUGCUCAUACUAGCGGAGAAGCUUGUGCCUUGGAACUCCUCUGGCACCUGCAGGCAGUAUAUUUCCGCUGCAUUUUGUAUUUUUAGGGCUAACAGACUAUGGCCUUUUUUGUCUUCCCUGGAUGCAUAGCCCAUUCGUUGGCACGGAUCCUCUGGCACUCGAGCUCUUUCUGUGGGCGAUAAAUCGCGCCUGUUGUUCAUCUUGAACUCCCGAGGUAUCAGCAUCCUGGAUUCGGUCACCGGAGAGUUCCUUGCCUCAUUUUCGUCGCAUCUACGUGAGUUUAAAGCGUUCCCACAAACAGCACAAUUUGUGUCUGGUGCUCCUGCCUUUGUGAUGGCCUCUGCUACCACCCUUCAGCCUUUAAAUUUUGUAUGAGAGUAGUGGCGGGGACGUGUUUCGAUCAGGUUGCGGGACAUGCUCCUCUUGUUGGGCCUUGGGCCCUCACAGAUAGUUGUUUAGCGACUACCAGUGGAUGCAGAGAAGUGCCGGCGAAGACAAUUGAUACUGGGCUGGCCCUCGUCCACCAUUCAUACCUGGUUGGUGAACGUCCCCCUCCCCCCUCCCACCAUUGUUAACACACCCUUAUCACAACUGACAGAAUACCAGAGCAUUGGACUACUUAACUCUCAAGGGCCAAAGAACCCUGGUUCAAAUCAUAUGUUGAAUAAGACUGGCUGAAGAACGAUCGGUGAGCGCCCCCUACCAUUGUAUAUUCCCGAUCGAAACCGACAGGACAACGAGCCCAUAGCUCAGUGGUUGGAGACGUUGGACUUCCAACUAACAGGUCGCGGGAUCGAACCCCAGAUGUUCCACACUUCGGGCUUGGGUAUGGCUGGCUGACGACGGCUAAUAAGCCAGAAAUGGCCAUUCCAGUCUCCCUUAUUUUCGUCGCUAUUCUUGUUCGUAUGGAUGCUGGCAGGCUCCAACUUAUGUGUGGUCUCAGAGAUUGGCAGGAGUGAGGGUAUAUACUCCCUGUUUUCAAGAGAACUUAUCUUCAGACAGGGCUUGUAUCAGUCGGUCGCUCGCUUGCUAACGGCCGGAUAGGGGCUUGUUGUGACUCCAGUUUCAACUGGACAUGUCUUCCCAGGCGUGAGCAUGUUGCCGACUACAGCAAACUCGGCGAUCGAUUUCCAUCGGAUGGGUUUACGUAGAUUCAAAUGUUUCUCGGAAGGACUGGAUUUCGUUGUAUUUGUAGGUCUCUCAGUAAAGUUGCAGCGUUAUUAUUAUCCAUUAGUUCUAGCUGAGGGCUAAGCGUCAGCGAAAACGGCCUCGGUGUUUCAGCAAUUAUUCCGAAUUCGCAUUGCUGGAUCCUCGUCGGACUGACGCCGCAACCUCUGCGUCACGUCCCUCUUUGCUUCUCACUCUGUGCACUCUGUUUCAACACAUGGGCAUAUCGUUUAAACAGCGUAGUUCUUAAAGCAGACUGUACUGGGUCUGGAUGUUAUUAACCACAAAGUCAAGGUAGACUGGAACACCCAUUUCUGGCGUAUUAGCCAUCGUCAGCCAGUCAUACCCAACCCCGAAGUGUGGAGCACCGAGGGCUCGAUCCCGCCACCUGUUAGAAGCACAACACCUCUAAACACUGAGCCACGGGCUCGAUGUCCUGUCGGUUGCGAUCGAGAAUGUAUUAUGAUAGAGGGGCGCUCACCAAUCGUUUUUAUAGAACUCACUCGUGUCGUUAUGCCUUACGGGCUCCCGCUCAAGUUCAACCAUUGUACUUGGUUUCUCUCCCCCUCCCUAGACCCGGGCCACAGCGUCCUCUCGCGCGCAGAUGCGCCUGGUCUUUCACCGUACCUCUUUCGUGUCUCCGUCAGUUCGCAGAUUAUUCCGGCUCCCUACUUUCCCUCGCUGUCACACGGUUAUUACUCAAACAUGGCCUCUGAGAGUGACGCAGAUGGAGCUGACUCGCGACAGUCCUCUGAGACCGGUGGUGGGGACCUCAGCCACACAGUGGACUGUUUUGCCGUCUUUUUGCCGCUUGAACCAUCUCCAUCCCCUGCCACCAGGCCUGGAAUGCGGGAUUUGCGAGGACUCUGCAGAACCCACGGCAUUUUUGACCAUCCUCGUUUUGGUCGAAGCGCGUGGCUGGAAGACGAAGCCUUGUCUGUCCCACCCCUAGCACUACCCACGUAAGCAAGCACUCUGAUUUCCUUGCAAUGCUUGCCAGUUAACCCUGCCACCUGAUGAUUGCAUACAACAGCAACAAUUACUACUACUACUACUACUACUACUACUACUACUACCACUACUACCACUACUACUACUACUACUACUACUACUACUACUACUACUACUACUACUACUACUACUACUACUACUACUACUACUACUACUACUACUACUACUACUACUACUACUACUACUACUACUACUACUACUACUACUACUACUACUACUACUACUACUACCGCCACCACCACUACUACUACUACUACUACUACUAAUAAUAAUAAUAAUACUACUACUACUACUACCACCACCGCUACCAUUUAUGCCGACGUAAGUCGAAUUCCCAGGUACACCGAAGAACUUUCAAGUCUGUCAAUGUGGCACCAAAAGUUAUGCCCGCUAGCGCUCUGUCUGGCAUCUUUAGACAUUAAAAGUAUGAUCCCCAUGUACUUGUACAUAGCAGCGCCCUCUUUUCAAAUUUCCAUGCAAAUACACUCCAGUGGAUCAAAUUAAAACAAGAACGAAAAAAUCAAGGCCGGCAAUACGGUAGCAAUAAAGCCUAGUAAUUCACGUCAUUCAGGAAUGCAGAGACUACGAUUCGAAGGGCCGAGAGUUGGCCAUGACUCCCUCCAGUCAUGGCGCCAUAUCGGAUUUUGUGGUGUUUUAUUGAACAGUAUGUGUGCCACACCUCGGAUCUUCGCGCCCUGGUAGCGAUGCCGCUACAGAUUCAUGAUUGCUCAUUCACUUGGCGCAAGAGUCUAUUCCUCGCUGAAAGCCGUUCUCCUAGCCGUCACCAGUGGACUGGCUGGGCAACCAGCGCUGUGGUUCCCAACGUCUUCCGUUUGCGACCCAACGUGCUUGAAUAUAAGCCAUCAGAGGGAAGAGAGUAAGCACGACGAUGGAUGCGUGAUGGAGAUCAAUCUCUGGUAUAACAGUUGAAGUGGCCAUCUAUUUGACGGUAAUUCAUGAUGCCUGACUCCUACGUAUCAUCUGGUCUAAUAGACGAAGAAGAGAGUAGCUCCUAUAAGACUCCUUGACGUUCUGCGUUUGAUAGAACACGGCCGCCAUUUCUUUUUCACCUGUGAACAAGCUGCGCUAAUUCCGCGCAGGCUCCAUUACCGCUUUUAGGGGUGUGUUGGCAUGCCUUAGAUGUAGAUCUUCACACUGCGUCAGUCAUUGUAGUGAUCUAAAGCGGGGAAUCUAUUCUCGCGACGAAUCAGCGCAUUCCUCACUGUAAUAAAUGUGCCGUGCUUGGAUCUAUCACAACACGCUAAGAACUGUGGUCUGGAAAGUUGUCAACUAACGGGGUAAUUUGGUUCUCACUGUGUGUUUGUAUGUAGUUGGGCGGUCGGAGGAAUAUAAACUAAUUCACGCGCAAGUCACCAUGCCUGCUGCAUCAAGUUGUGUAGCACAGGGUGGACAUCGUCGGACUCGACGGUCGAGCUGUCGUCUUGUGUGCGGCACGCGAAGAAGGGCUGUUAAGCCCUGUCAUCCUCUGCACCCGGGUCCACCUCCUGUCGUCUUGACACUGUCCCGCUAUCGGAGCAAGGUGACUUGGGGGAGGGGGGACGAGUGCGGUAGGCGCUUCGGAAGUCUGUCUCGCUAUAAACGAAUCCGCACGCCAGUCGCCGGUGCUGCGCCCACUCCGUAGGUCACGCAGUGGACGUCGCUUGCGACGGUCGAACUAUUGGUAUCACGAGAAGAAUCUUUGUUCGUUCCAGGCUAGUGUUGGGUGGUGCACCAAUCUGGCCUGGUCCGUUUUGAAGGUGACAAUGGAUGUAUUUCGUACCGCAGUUGCGUAAUCGACUUUUCAAGUCUUCUGUCCUGUGUCCUGCUUUUCAAUUCUCCCAAGACUAGUAAAUUUCCUUGCCGAUAUUGCCUCCAUGAUCUGCUUUUCAAUCCACAGUGUCGGCACGUCGUCAAUGGAGCAUCAAUCGGUCUACUUCCUAACAUCAGACGGCUCUGUUACAUCGGUUGAUCUUACCGGAAAAGAAGGGUGGCGAGUAAGUGGCCCGAAAUCUUCAGAUCUCACUUUCAAUUGUCCCUUUGUCCUGUUGUCAUCCGUAAACCACUUAGUUUCCAUUGCCUCUUCGUCCUUGUUCAAAGUUACGUUCCCCGGAUGGACGGGUUCUCGCCUGUUUUUCUAACCGCAGACAAUCCUGUGUGCCAAUGGACGGCGAUACCGCAACAUCUUUCAGACGACCGUGACCACUGCAGACGGACGGACGAAAACUUGCCUAACAGGCAUUCGCGGUCUGUGCAGGACUGAUAACCUUGGGGUCGGCUAGUUAGCGACUUAGUGGAUUACCAGCUUAAGCCAUGACGCGUCUUGUUUCCAUCGAGUAAUUCCUCCCUUCUCUCCCUCGAUUAUCCACGGGCUACUUCAUCCGCUGAGAGCCACUCCCGGUUUCAAGCGCACUGACUUGGAGGCUUUGACACAUGCUUUGUGCUUGUACAUGUUCUCUCUCAACACCGUCACACCAACGGCGUUAGAGAUCCCGAUACCCAAGUCGCUUUUACAGUGCACUAGAGAGCCACUAAAGCAUUGAUUACUUGAUAACCUGUCGCCUCGCAUAUCCCAUUUUUGUCUGGAACUGCCUUCUCUUUACUGCUGAGAUGUUCCUCGUCAGCUAUAGGAGAGCCCGUAAUGAUCAUGUCUGACUGAUUUGUCGCAAUUAGCUGGUCAUUGAAAAGCCCAAAACUCUUAAACGAUCAGGCCAGCUUACUGAACGCUGCUGUCAUCGGGUUCGAGUACUCCCUAUGGCAGCCAACAGUAUGUAAGCCUCUGGCCCUCUAGCGUGAUUGUGGACUAAGCCGGGUUAAAAUCUCACACUUGGCCCGGAAGGGGUGGGGGUGGGGGUUGGGGGUUGGGUGCAUGACUGUCUCACCAUGUAAAAGAUGCCGAAAGUGACCACUCUUGCUGGCACUAUCGGCUACUGAUUGACCACCCGUGAGACCUCCAAGGCGCCCACCAGAGCACCCAAUCAGGGCAGUUUUGUCGAACAUCACCCUCAAGGCGCUGGAAGGGCAUGGAUGUCUUUGUGCUGACCACCUACCUCAUGGGUAACCUCAUCAGUAACUUCGCCUCCGCUGCUCGACGCAACGAUGUCAGUUGACCGCAUUGUCUUGGCAGUAUGAAACGGUUAUAAAUACCCCCACCCAUCCCCCACAUUACAGGUGACCCUGCGCUAAAUCCCAGCGGGGUUAGGGCUGGGUUUAGUAUUGGGGUUAGGAGGGUAGGGUACUCUGUAGUAGGGGAAUACUUAAUCCCCGUGUUCAGUCAUCUUGGUCAACUUCCAAAUAGACAGAUGAUGGCCGUGCAAAAUGCAUUCUACCACGGAAGUGCACUAAUCCUACACUGCAUCGUGGGUGGAUGACACAGCAGGAGUUCCGUACAUGCCCUUGACCUUAGUGGUGAUAGCUGUGUUGCAAUUUUCUUCAGAUGUUCAAAUCUGAGGAAUUCGUUUUAGGACUGCGUCAAGCUUAGGCUGGCUUGUCAAUUUUGGUGGAAUAUUGUCAUUAUUCUCUGCUUUUAUAGCUUUCCUCAUAACGCUUGGCCGUCAUGGUCAGGAGCCUAAUUCGCCCCCAUUCACUAGCCCACAUGCCAAAUUUGAAAGAUGACUACUUCAGGAUCUCAUGGAAACCAGUCUAGCUGGAUGAGGGAAAAUUUAAGUCAGUUUAUUACGGGAAUGAGGCCUUCGCCCUUGAGCUCCCUAUUCAUAUCGAUAAACAGAAAUAUAAUCACCAAUUACAUCAGCAAAUACGGAAAUUCAAAAGUUAAAGGUAAGUUUGAGCCAGGCGCAAACUGCCGCCGCUAAAACAAUCGUGAUUAUAUGUACAGUAGUUUCUCAGAAAAUGAGCAUCUAGUCUACACUUAAAGGAUUCGACAGUUUCAGAAAGAACCAUUGCAUCAGGGAGUCCGUUCCAUGCCCCAAUGACCCUGUGAGAGAAGGCGUUUUGUCGGACGUCCGAAUGAGCCAGCUUCCUCUGAAGUUUGAAGGGAUGACGACGCAGACGGUCAGUCCCGGCCAAUUCGAAGAAUUCAUCAAAGUCUAGGGCGCACUCACGGCCUCUGACAAUCCUGUAGGUUUGAAUGAGAUCGCCACGCAGUUGCCUGUAAUUGAGAGGAAACAGGUUUAGUUAGUCCAGCCUGGUUUCGUAAGGCAGAUGAUUAAGAUUCUUGACCAUUUUCGUAGCCAGCGCCUGUACUCUUUCCAGUCGUUGAUAGUCUUUUUUCAACCACGGUCGCCAGGCCUGGACUGCAUACUCAAAGUGAAACCGGACGAAUGUCCCCUAGGUUUUUCCGAACACCUCUAUCGAUCUGCACAGAUCCUCGCCUCAUCGCAAAUAACAUCCAUAUCGCACUUUUGACUGCCCUUUGACACUGUGAUGAUGGUUUCAGCGAGGAGGUCAUUAGGACGCCGAGGUCUUUCUGUCCCACAACAUUUGAAAAGAGCUGCCCACCCAGGACGUAUUGAAAGGGAUCGUCCUCCUUACUGGUCUUUUUGGUGCGGAGUCUCAGGACCACACAUUUUUCCACAUUAAAAUUAAGGAGCCAACGAGCUGAUCAACUGUUCAGGCGGUUGAGACUGUCUUGAAGCGCGUAACUGUCUGCGUCAGAUCUGAUGGCCCUCCACAGCUUAACAUCGUCAGCAAACAUGAUGGCGCUGCACUACUUAAUACUUAGUUAGUCUGUUUGGCCAGUUUUCCCGAAAAGUACUUUAGUAGUUUAUAUUCUUCGGUGUGCUUUAAUGGAGUACUGUUAGUGUGAUGCUAUUUGAGGUGCUAUUGACUGGCCAAAAUUUAUGGUUGACUGGCGGCGGCCUAUACACCGACAGUAGCCAUUUCAGUCCCUUUUAUCUUUGCCUUACGAAUAUCCCCAUGUGACACCUAGAAAAUCAAUUUGGCAAACACGUGUUUUCGGUAACUCAUCAUCAGGCCAGUAGAGUUGCCUAGGAGUGGAAAAUAUGAGAAGUUCACAGGGCUUAUAAGUGAUUCAGGGGCUAUCAACACUCAUCGUUACCACGCCAUCCGCAUGACGAGGUCGGCGUGUUAUAGUCAUUUUGGAGCAGGGGUGGGGGGAGGGCUUGACGUAGGCUGUAAGUGAUAUUUGUGAGUCGGGUACGUGGGGUGCAGAUCACUGUCACCGGGUUAGGACGGCGCGUGAUAGCAAUCUGGGGUCGGCGUUGGCCACGGAAGACAGAGGGUCUGCGUCAACGCCUUCUGAUAACAUAGCAUUGGAUUGGCUAGCCGCAUAGCCACUGCCUCGGCUGUUUUUCUCGAUGUUCGACCCAGGUUGAAAUGCUACUGUAAGAUUAUACCACCAGCACUUUAAUGACGCAUUAAGGAGUAAGUGGAGCUCGGGGAUAUGAACCCCUCCUCCCCAUAACACAGGUGCUCAUACGCCAAAUUCCAGGGAGAUUAGGAUGAAGUUAAGGGUCAAAGUUAACGUUUGGAUUAGUGUUAGGGAUAGGGAACGGCAAAAGGUACCUUUUCUGGGGCUUAACGUAAGGCCAUCGGCACUACAAGGAGGGGGUUUCCUAUUCUUGUGUCUUACCGAAACAUAAAAGACACACGUCGACCAAUCUCAUAGGUGUGUUGUGUUUUACAAAUAUCUUACAUGUGACUUUAUACUUUGGACCACGCGUGCAAUGAUUGAACAGCUCGACUUGGAACGCUUUUCAUGUCCCUGCUACUGCUUACACUAUUCACAACCGGACUGUUGCCUUUUCAAAGGUGUACGGGAUUCUGCUGGCUGCAGAACCUUCAAGCGUAUUAGGAAAUGGCAAUUGUCCGAUAAACAUUUUUUUGCGAACAGGCAAACUUCUAAUACAAUUAGAAUGAAGGGUUCAUUACUAGCUGACGAUAAUUGUUGAUAAGGAAUAUUGUGAAGGCCCUUACUGUCUUUUAAACCACACCUUGAGCAUACAUUUUGGAGUCAUCGGAGGUUUCAACAGCUAUACCCGCGGAGUUUGCUUUCUCGAGUCCGGUUUUGAUAUUUCAGUAGGUGCAAGCUCGGCAUUCAUCAGGCCUCCGUAUUACCAGUCGCAGUCGCACCCACAUAACCGGACGCCUAACUUACAUGUUAACAUACUACUUGCAAUGAGUGAGUAGGCGUUCAUGUUUACAUUUCGUCGAAUAACCGACGCCUGCUUGCUUCUCCCAUGCAAUGACGUAAACAAUCUCUUUCAAUUUCCACUGCGUGGUGCUUUUUCUCAGAAAAUCUGGGACCAAAAAGAAAUUCAAAGGCGUUCGCCUAUCUUUCCCUUAGUAAAACUGAACUGAAAUGAACCUUGAACAUAAAGUUUGGGGUCAUCGGACGGUCCAGAAAAUAUUCUCGUCGAGUAUCCUUCCUGGAUCGCAGUCUUGACAUUUCAAUAAAUAUCCAAUCUAAAAGCAGGGCCUCGAGAAUUAUCCGCUUAGAGUUUCUGCCCGGAAGGUGUGUGAUGUCCAACCACGUCGGAAACUGUGUCGAAAGCAACUUACUUAGUUGGGAUAUAGGAACUGAUGAGCUGAAUCCCUUGCGGCUGCGUCAUGCAGCGGCAGAAUAUCGGCGAGACACAUGUCUGGACGUUUAGCUAGAAUCCAGUGCUGCCAAGAAUGGUAUGUCCUACAACAUUUCCAGAUAUAGAAACUUCUGAGUAUAGUUCCAAGUGUUACGUUGUGGUCAAGAGAAACGAGGUAGCCCGUUGCUGUGAACUGGAAACAACCAUGAGAUGGCGAUUGACUAAGUAUUUUAUUUUUACCAUCACCUACUGAAAAUGGCCGAAUUGUCACUUUGUAUGACUGAGAAAAGGUCGCUCUUAUCAUUCCAGUUCUUUGAGUUUCUUUUGUCAAGCACGUGUUCCAGAAUAACUGCCUGCGUUUCUCGUGGAAUUUUAUUGGGCCAAACCUCCCUCCUCCGGAUCUUGUAGUUAUUGAGAAGUAGGUUGUAAAGGAAAAUUGGUGGGGCGGUCUUCAUAGGUCGACUGUUGAUUUUGCUCAAAGCAAGUCGGUAAAAUUGUUUCCUCUCAACCAGCCUAUUUAGUGCCGUUAUCUCCUACUAUUCGCUAGUAUGUUAGGCCGUGACGUCUUUCCAUCACCGUCCACCGGCUGACUUUACGCAAUUAUAUCAACCCUCGACUACACUGCUUAUCUCCCCUGCUAUAUAGACGACCUGUCUGUGUUUCUUAAAUAGUCUCUGUAGUUUGCCUUCUUCCCGACGCAGGAUUCAUUCCUGCUAGGCAUAGUUGACCCUCUAUCGUUAGUAUUUCGCAUCGUGUCUCCUUAAGCCGUGUCUCCUGUCAUCUUUGUUGGUUCUUUCACAGGUGAAUUCACAGGUGUCCUGGCUUCAACUGUCCCGGAGCUUCGGUCUCAAAAAGGCAGUGGAUCGGUCAGACCUGAAUGACAGCACAUCUGAACUCUACUUCAACCUCUUUCGGCCCUCAUUGAGCGCGCUCGACAUCAUCCCUUUGAACGCAGAUGGCCUCUGGAGGGGCUACACCAAAAUGCAAACUCUGUUUUCGGUGAGUCGGCGCUGUACAACAGCGUGCUGUGCGGGAAGAUCACUGAAAAUAACUCCGGACGUUACGCACAGGUCUCAACCCAGAAGCACAUUUCUGUUUGAACACUAGAUUUCCACGAAGGCGUACGCAAUGACUUAUUUACUUCUUCAAGAGUAUUUGUGCGUAGCCCCUCUCAUAAUGAAUAAUAAGACCGUUAGAUUUAGUUGGGUUUAUGUGCAAGAAUCUACUUACAAAUGGUUGCUAAAUUUCCGUCAGGAGGGAGUCCUUCAGGUUCCUUGCCCGGCAAGUUGUUGCGCCGGAUAUGCUUCCGCAGUAUACGACAGGAAUAUUUCUCACGCUUGCUUCAAACCCACGCUGUCUACGCCAAACCGUAGACGAUACUGAAUCCCGUCUACUUUGGUUCAUAUUAUUUGACUCGACACCGGAGCCCUUAGAGCUUUCCUCUCUCGACAUUGGCCGCACCGGAAUACAAAUCUGUCGGUGUGCAGCUUAACACUUGGCAUUUAGAUAGCAGUGUCCUUGUCUGGCAGUAGUCUACCAUCUUCUCGGAGUUUAUAGCUUCGGUUAUUUCCUCUGCGUUGGUCAGAAAAUCAAGCUUCGAUUGUCUGACUUUUCUGUGACCUGGAGCUGAUGUCCUGCAUUUUAAAAGGAAAUAAAUAACCAUUAUUACCCAUUCUGUUCAUAAAUACAUUUCAUUAUCGUACAUAACCCUCAUACAUAAAUAUUUGUUAACGUCAAAUGUUUAUUUCACAGCAGCCAGUUAACUUGUUAUGAAGAUACAAACAGACAUCCAUGCUUACGUUAUUUGGUUUUCUCUUGGUUCAUUAGGGUGUGUCUCCAUAGCUUCUCUAAUAUUCAUGUGUAUCACGCCACCUUGCAGUAAAAUUUCACAGUUACUAUAUUUGGCACCUACUCUCCUCUCCUAUUGGUUGUUCGCUUCAUUGGUCUCUGGGCUGUCGCAAGUUUGCAGGCGGCGGAUUAUUCGGUUAUCUUUUGUUUAUUGUGACUUGCUUUUUGCUUAUUUAUAAAUGCAUUUCAUUAUCGUACAUAACCUUUAUACAUAAAUAUUCUUUUUCCUUGAAUCUUUUUACAGUAGCCAGUUGACUUGUUAUGAAGAUACAAACAGGUUUUUUCCUUGUUCAUUAGGGUGUAUUUUCAUAGCUUCUUUAGUAUUCAUGCGCAUCACACCACCCUGCAGUAAAUUUUCAGUUACUGUAUUUGACACUUACUGCUUUUCUCCCCCAUUGGUUGUUCGUUUCAUUGGUCCCUGGGCUGUCGAAAAUGUGCAGGCGGUGGAUUAUGCAAUUAUCUUUUGUUUAUUUCCCAAUUAACGCGCUCGCUCACGUUUCUAUAUAUGGGCGUAGAAGAAUUUCAGAGAAAAAAUAUCUAUUUUCUAAGUGUUAUUGCAUGGAUUUCGCUCCCCUACGCGGUGAUACCUUACUCGUAAAACCUCUAGUACUACCAUUUCCGUAUUGCACGAGCCUUGGCUUACUGGUUGCGAAGUGGGGUUGCACAACCUACCGUUUCCGGCCUUCCCACUAUCCGCCACCUGUGGGCGCGCCGGGACUCCAACUAAAGCGGUUUUUGUAUCGCAGCUAUCCCUCCUGUUUGAUUAUAUUUUCUUCCUAUUCUAUUUUGCUCAAGUCAACUGCCAUUGGGUCUCUUUUGCCCACCCUCUUGGCCGUGGGUUGGGAUUCGUUGAGCCUAAUUGAUCGCGAGACCGGUGAUCUACUCGCCACCCAUGAUCUGCCCUGCCCUCCUGUCGCCCUGCCCUGGGCUGUCUACAUGCCGGACCCAAGGUCGAUGCCGGUACCGGCCGCUGACACCUCCUUCUCUGCGCCCCUCGAAGGCGAGCUGUUGUUCGUGCCCUGCAACGAACUCCUCCUCGGUUUCACCGUGGUCUGCGCUCUGCGCUGGUGGGUCUUCCUUGGCUUCCUCCUUGUUGCUGGCGUCGCCUACGCCGUCUUCUUCUUCCUCUCCAGUUUGAGUCUUUGA